GAUCUCAGUAACUUCCUUAAUAAUUAAUUAACGGUGAUAGAUUGCGUUACGUAGCACCAAGCUCAUCUUUAAAUUCUUUGCCCGUGAUCAAUUUUUGCAUAUUAGUGACGGAGAACGCUGGAGGAAAGAUGUACGUCACCAUACCAUCCUACGAUACAAAGAAAUCUGCUUAUGCCUGCGCGUUAUAUACAGUGUUUAUAAAAAUUGUAUCCAUAGGGACGGCAUUAUACUUGGUGUGCGCUUCCGAAGACGUAAUUACUAAACUAAAGAAUUUUGAUGGGCACGAUCUUAAAAUUAACAAACCGUUUUAUUAUUAUUCUUUCAUACAUUGCUCAUUUUAUCUUCUAACUGGCAUCAUUUUGUUUGUUGGCGUCAAAAAGGAGAAACCACUAUUCUUACUCAUACAUAUAUGGGCAACUAUCAUAGACAUAGCUAUGAAAUUUAUAUUGCUUACAGUGCUUAUAAAUUCUGGAAUUACAGAAACUGUCCCAAGAAUGUUAGUGGCUUUUGGAUUGCUGUUACCGUUAUUGACUAUCUUGGUAUAUGAAAUUUUAAUAGUGGCUUCUCACUAUCACUAUCUCACCACACGGAAGACCAAAGAUGAUCAGUUUGUGAUGAAGAAUAAAGCUCGAGAAAAUUAGCUAUAAAUAAUAAAUGACAGAUUUUUGAAUAAGAAUGAAAGACUAAUUACAUAUGUUUAAAUAAUAAUAUUUUUUACAAAGUAUCUAUUGAUUACGGUAAAAUUUAUUAUGUUAUAACUGAUG